CAACCUACUACUAAGCAAUAGGGAAAUUUCCAUAUUCAAGUUUGUCAGAUCAACCUUUUUAAUAAAACAUGAAUUAUGAAGAUUUACUGCAAGCUUCAAGUUCUCCUGACACAACGUGUGUACCAUCGUCGCCAACUUUUUACGCAAAAGACGAGAAUUUAGAUACUUAUCACGUCCAAAAUGUUGCUAGCAAUGGAGAUGUAGACUUAUCUGAAAAGACUAUUCGAUUUUUGAAACUACAGAUGAAUGCAAAGGGAAUUAUCGACGCGUUUGAACGCGAUUCAUUACAAAAUUCAUUGGAAAUCAAGAACUUAAAAUUACAGUUGGAAGAGGAACGAAGGAUAAAUGAACAAUUCAAACAGGCAUCGGUAAUGAAACUCCAAGAUGCAAUUGGACAGCUGAAAAAUGAAAACCAGCUUCUCCUAGACCAAAAUGAAGAAUUACUUACUGCCAAAAAAGAGAAUGAAACGAGACAUGAACUACUAAAACAAGAUCUUAAAACAAUUGAAGAAAACUAUAAAGCAUCGUCUAUGCAAAUCCGGAAUUUGGUGCAUGAAAAUUCUAGUUUAAAAACUUUACUAUACAAUCACACUAGGGAAGCCAAACAGGGGCUACACGCUGAAAUAGAACCUUCCAAGGAUUGGAAAGAACAGUUCAAGGAAAAAAUCAAAGCAAAAAGAUCCCCAGGUUACCAGCGUAACAAAUAUCAUGAUGUCAAUUUAUGUGAAAACUCUCAAAGAGAAAGAAAGAGAGAAAGAGAAAGGGAACAUGUAGAAUCCCGUGACAACAACAACCAAGCAAACACAUUUUCUCCAAGGUCCGCAGAAACACGAUCCCGAAUUCUCAGACUACAAGAGUCAUUUUCAGAUUUGGAAACCCAACAUAAUUCUUUCCGGCAUAUUUGUGAUUCUUUACGAGAAAAAUUAAAAACGGACUCUAGUAAAACAAAACAAAGACUCUUGAAGCUGGAAAAUCUCCUUCAAAAUCGCUCUCCGCCAUCUUACACAUUUUCCUUAAGUUGUACUCAUCAGCUUCCGCAUGGUUAUACGACAGAACCGUUCAUUAAAUCAAAACAGGAAUCUCAAAAUCAAGCAUUCACUCAAAUCUCACUGCCGUCUGAUACCUCUCAGGGAGAAUGACUCGCGGAUUUCAAGCAUUAGCAAGUCUUUAGUUGUUCUUUUUUUUUUUCAAAUCGAUUAUUUUUUUUAUAAAAGCAAUUUAAGGAUUUCUGAUAAAAC